AAAUGGAUCAGACCAACUGCAGUAAGAACGUUCAGAAUGUAGGUGAGUCAUGGGGGCCCUCAUCUUCUCGCCCUGAUGCUUCCGUUUCUUUGAUGGCUGCCACACUGUGAUUUAAGUACAAUGGAAGACGACGGCGCCGCCCUCGUGGCCGCCUGGCAGAUGGUAGACCGGAGCACCUUGGUAGGGCGCGCCCUGUUUGCAUUGUACAAUGGUGACUUGUCAGGGAAGAAGGCGGGCAACAAGUACAGCGACAGAAAUAGGGUUUCGAUCGAGAAGCGUGCGGCUGCGAUUGCGGAUGGCAGGCUGACCCCGGGAUUGUCGGGCAAGGAGAAUGAAGCUGCUGCACCGAUAGCAAAGAAACCCGUUGUCAGGGUCCCCAAGGUGGGGGUCAAGAAACAGGUCGCCCCCAAGGUGUUGCCGCCCCCCGGAAGGAAGCAGGCAGAGACAAUCAAGCUGGAGCAGGAACUAGACCGGGCAGCAAAUCCGAUCGUCCUGCCGAGGCCAAAGGGUCCGCUGCUUGAUGACGCCGAGAAGCUGAGAUUGCAGCGAAUGUUUGAGUUCAACGGGAAGCUUUCAGAGGAUACGCUAGAUGCACCGGCUCCAGUCAGGCCGCCUCCUCCACGACGCGGGAGCGUGGAAGAGAAGGAGGCCCUGUUCCAAGAAAUUAUGGAUGAGAUCCAGGAGCGGGAAGCUUUCCUACGGGACAUGGCCGAGCUCGGGAGGGGAAAGGAGUUCGAGGGGAAGAUACGGAUCGAGAUCAAGGAGAGACUUGCCCAGCUGAAAAAGCUGGAUGAACACAUCCACAGCGAUCACGGUGUCAUUGUGAGAAGGAACAGUUUGCGGAUAAACUAACCUUUUCCCGAGCGAGGCAAGGUCAGAAUGAAAGAGAUCAGCCCGCGCUCGCGUUUCACUCCGCUCAAGGGGUAAUUAUCCAACGGUUUCAUGUUCAAAAUCUUGUUCCAAAGGUACAUGGUGAGGUUCUGUAAAGGUUCUGAAAGGUCAUUUUAUCAAUAGUGGCUGCGAACGGCUGGGGCACUUCAACAUAGAUUGACAGAUCGACACUGUACCCAGAGCUUUAUUCACAGCCUGCGCGCGGAGAAAGUUAUGCCAGGGGUUGACAGUUCACAAAAUCUGUGAAAGCUUCAAAAGAUCGAGAAUUAUGUCGUCAAUGAUCUAGCUUGUGAGGAUCGGACCUGCAAUUGGAUCCUCCUGGACAAAGUUUCCAAUGACGAGCGACCAUAGC